CAGCAAUGGAAAGAGCUGUUAUACCAAAUUAAAUUUCGGCAUUAUACGUUAUUGAAGACUUGCAUACCAUGUGUACUUGCCGUUUUCUCGUUCAUAUCGUUUGUCCAACUUAUUGUGCGAGAUAAAUUUCUAGAUCCUUCUAUUAGAAGCAGUGCAUACAUUGAUUAAUAAAAUACAAAUCCAAGUUUAAGCUUCAUAAUCACUGUUUACCAAUGUUAUCACAUUAUCAGAAAGACACACGGGGAUAUGUUAUCUCUAUUAGAAAAAAUAUUUUUUGAUUAUUGACCACAUUCAUAUUAUCGGAAAAGAGGAAAAAUUGGAAUCAUUGUUAAAAUGGACACAUUAUCAGGAGGAUUUAUACGUCUUGGACUUUUACUUGUAAUAUGCACAGUCGGUAUAUCGGAAGGUCUGAUGUGCUAUUUCUGUGGAGCUACAGGGGGUCAUAGCAUCUGCGAGGAUCCUUACACUUACAUCAGGGCUAAAAGGGGUAAAGGCGACCCAACAACGCUGAAGAACUGCACAUACCCUUACGAUGAAAUUUGUGUCGUCGAGAGAUUCUCUAGCCUCGGUAGCACCGUCUCCGAAAUACGAGAUUGUAGCGACGGCCGCCACUUUUCCUAUACAUCAAACCUACAGUACAACCGGAGCGCGUACGAACGUCUAGAAAAACUGAUGCCAAACAACGAGACCGCAUGCGUCUGGGACGGUCUUCAUCAAGUCUGCUUGACCAAGUGUGAUACUGACUUUUGUAAUGGCCCGCAAUAUGAGGUUGAUGGUGGGAUGUUACUUGGUGCUUCGCUUUCUGUGAUGAUUUUGUCAAGUUUUCUACAGUUCAUUACCUUUGGAUAUUGACCAAUAUUAUUUUUUCAUAAUUAUAUGUAAACAUGGACGUGCACAUUUUUCUUUUCACUUGUUUGUCUAUUUCUUUUCCACCAAAUUAUAUGUGUGUAAUUGUAUGUUCAAUCAGCAUGUAAUUUUGUAUACAUCUUUGAACAUAACUGUAUCAUAUGACUUGUCCUGGGGUAGUAUUUUGGUGUUUAUCCCAGUAAACUCCUAGCACACAAAACGACACCCUACGUCUAAAACAGGUCACCAGCGCACACAAAACACUCUACGACUUCCACUGACCACCAAGAUUUUCCAAAAGAAUGUCCAUAUAUUUACAAUAGAGAGCACACAGCUUAUCUUCAAGGAAUACCCUUCUCAAAGGCGCCUAUGCAACUCCUAUACCUCAAGAAACCAGUACAUUUAAGGUAAAUCCGAAUACCACCCAAUGAGUUGAAGGACACACCAUGGUAGUGAUACCAAUGGACACCCGUGACAGUGACUCCUUCAGGACAGCUAAAGUUUUUCCCCGGAUACGCCGUGAUAGUGACUACCUCAAGACAUACAAAGUUUAUCCCCGGACACGCCAUGAAAGUGUCUUCUCCAAGAGAGCCAAAGGUUUUCUCCCCCGCACAACAAAAUAAUACCCCACACCAAAACAAAUACUACACCCUUGUUCACAAACACUACUGUAUAUUAUGUAGUUGUAACAAAUACCCAAAUUAAAAACUUAACUAUAGUCAAGUCAAAGCAUAAGAGAACACUGUCGGAGAAAAGAAUCGUUUGCAAUCACAGCAACGCACCAGCAUCAAUUUGAAAAGUUAAUUGUUCUUACUAGGGCCUAAAAAAAUUUGUUUGGUUAGGGUUACAUCCUUUUCAAAAAUAGGUAGGGUAGGUAGGCUUUUUUAUUUUUAUUU